AUGGAUCGUGAUGAACCUCGCUCCCAGUCUCAAAGCAAAACACGUAUGGUUGUGGAUCAAACCAAGGUAAGGCAAAUUGGCGAAGAGCGUUUGGGUGAAGAUAACAAAAGCGAUGGAUAUAUGCAAGUCGAGAUUUCGCUUGCAAUGGAAAAAGUGCUUGAUAAUUCUGUUCAUUCAACCGAUAAUAUCUCAGAGAGAGUCAGAUAUGAACCAAAAACUCCGAAUGAUACAGAACAGGUCAAAUCGCAAGUACAUGAAGAACACGAAAGCGAUAAAAGAAAGUAUACUGAUGAUUACGGGAAAGAAUUUGACGCAUGGAUUAUAAGUGAUGAUGGAAGACGUACUAGAAGUCAUACCAAUGAAAGUUAUAGCAGUGUUCUUGAAAGUGAUGAAAAACAUUCGACAACAAGGUUAAUUGACGUAAAGUGA